UCGCCUGCUCACACUCGAUUCCUUCGCCGUCUCCGCCUGCGUCUCCGCCUCCGCUGCCUGCUUCUGUUCUCGUCUGCCCGGAUCCCGGGAAGCCGUACAUAGAAACUGCGGACGUGAAACAAUCGGAGUGAUACACCUCUUUGACACAGCCAUGUACAUCGCGCUCGGCCGAUGACACGAACUACCACACCCCUACCGACCUUACACAUGCAGCUGUGCAGAACACAUAGGAUCAUUACUCUGCUGCAGCUGUAGCGCUCACUUCAUCUCUGACGACGGCAUACGCGGCACGACACAGCACGCGCCCGACCCUCGAUACUGGCCCUGGCCCCGACGACGAAGUCUCCAGCGGACGUCAUAGGCCCAGUUCAGCAACGAGAUGAGCGGUGGACAGCCCACAGCAGCGAUGCCUGCGGGCCCCGAAGAUGCUGCAAAUGGCCAGAGAGGCAGUGGAGGGUCAACGCGAUCCGCCGGCAGCAGUCGAUCCAGACAGAACCCGCAACAGCAGCUCUCUACCAUCGAAAAGUCCGUGACGCAUCUCCUGGUUGCGACGAAACAGCUGCUGGAAACUCUGACUAUGUGGUCCACUGGCCGCGCUACAGAGGGAGAAGUGUCGGACGUGUAUGUGCGGUUGGGCUACGAGUUCAACAUCGCUUGCAGAGCAUUCAAUGCUAUCGGAGUGGAUACCUCAGACCUGGGACCCGUCCCUGACCUCUUGCGAACCAUCUUGGAGGAGACGCUAAGCCAAGAUGCCAGCCAGCAGAGCUUGGAGAGAUAUCUGCCGCGCAUACGAGACAUCAUCAUCAAUUUACUGCAUGGGCUGAAGAAGAAGCAACAAAGGCUGCGGCAACGAGGUACGAGGGACGGUGGAGAAUCGAGUACAAGAGCACCCAGACAGGCCUCUACCGCCAGCAAUGUCAGUUCGGGUACCACUCUGACAGAGCAACUCGAGGAUGUGCCUUCAAGGCACUCCAGCAGCAGGUCUUUUGCGCAAAGGCAAGGCAGUGGGGAUCUAACUGGGCCAGAUCUCCCGCCUCGGACGACGAGUGCAACAGGAGGCAAGUCGUCGCCCACACGAAGUACUCUGAGUCCGCAGAAUAGCGUCAGACAACGGCCUCAUGAGCAGGACGCUCGCUCUGCUACUUCUGGCUCUUCCAUAUCCAGUGAUACGAUGCAGAACAUGCCGGUAAUCGCGCCAUAUCCGGAAAGCGAGACGAUGCCGACAAAUGGCGUACCCGACAGACCACCAUCGCCUGAACCGCCAAAGCCCCCUCCCAAGGUGAACGAUGCGUUGUCUGCCCUGCAACGUGGAGGAGAGCUGGAACGACGAGCGUCAAGGCGUUUCUCAGCAUACCAAAUACAGAAGCACUUGGGCACCUCGUUAACUGGCAUACCUGCGAUUCCAGCGGCUCAGAAUUCGCCCAUUCCGAAUAGGGGUCGGGAUGUGCGCGAGUCCUUGAACGCUGUGAGAUCUCGAGGAAGUUAUAUGCACAACCGAGUAAAGUCGAAAACGCUCAAGUCCCAGUUGGAAUCUUCGUCCCCAAACAGAGAGCAUGAUGUGAGGCGUAUAUCUGAGGAGAGCUCUUCUCAGCCGCAGGAUGACUUGCCGCCGCCGAGCAAGCCGUUCGCAUACGAGUAUAAUGAUGAGAUAGUCAAGACUCCCGAAGAUAAGCUGGGAACCACCCCCUUCUCCUCCCUGGUUGAGGCCCCAAGCGCUACGCUCAAUGGCCCUAUUGAUGAGCCAUUUGUUCCUAGUAGUGACUUUGUCGCCCCCACAAGGACUCCGACCAUAAAGCGGCCCCAGCGUGAGUCUAUACGACAGGGACGAGAAUACACGCCUCCGGUCUCCCAAUAUAUCCCGGAAGGGUCGCCACAGUCUGGGACUCCACUGGUGCUGUUCCUUCAGUACAAGAGCAAAAUCAAGAAGUUCACUCUGCCUGAUGGAGGCGACUUGAGUCUCGCUCGUCUUCAACUGGCGUUCAUCGAGAAGUUUGCAUGGAAUACGCAUAAUAACGGCGUGGACCUGCCAGAAAUCUACAUUCAAGAUCCUGUGUCUGGUGUCCGACACGAACUCGAGGAUCUCAAUGAUGUCAAGGAGCGGUCUGUGCUGGUACUCAACAUUGAAGCGCUCGAUGAAGUCAAGCGCCACUUUGACGAUGGCCUAGGUAGCCUCCGACGUGUGGUUGAGAGCAUCAAGACGAGUGUCGACGAACAGUCUUCCUCUCUUCAGCGAGUAUCCGAUAGACAGCAAGACACAGCCAAGGAGCUUGCAAGCAUCGCAGCGGCACCGCCUCCGGUGCCAGCAGUGCCAAUCACAGGUGGAACAACCGCUAGCAGCAAAGACAUGACAGGCCAGCUCAAGGAAGUGCAGGGUCUUCGACGAGAUAUUGCCGUGGUCAGGCAGACGUACAACUCUUUCGUGCAGGAUAUGCAGGCUUCUAUGACUGCGAUCCGCACCAAAGCCUCAACGGUCAAGAAAGCUGCCGCCGAAGCUGCCAUACCGGACAUGGACAACAACACCGGUCGCUCAUACGUCAACAACGGCAAGAAGACACUGUCAAAUGACAGUGAAAGGAUCGUCAACAAAGUGGACGACUUACAAGAUCUUGUUGAGGACCUCCGCAAAGACGUAGUCAGUCGUGGCGUCCGACCAUUGCCUCGACAACUCGAAGAAGUGAGCAAAGAUAUCAGUACUGCAACCUCUGAUCUCAAGAAGCUGCAAGAGUUUCUGAAACGAGAGAAGCCCCUGUGGACCAAGAUCUGGGAGAAGGAGCUGCAAGUGGUUUGCGACGACCGCGACUUGUUGACGAUGCAAGAAGAGCUUGCCGCCGAUCUGGAGGAUGAUCUUGAGAAGGCUUCGCAGACUUUCGCACUUGUCGAAGAAGCUACAAAGCAGCAGAAUCUCCAAGGCCAUGAUGGUGCAUCCGCGACCACUAGUGCCCGGUCUACAUCGCGCACACUUGCGCUCAAGCCGCUGGCGGAUCCACAUGAGGCCAAAGACAGUGUGCUCGGCGAGGUUCGUGCAUUGCAGCCCAAUCACGAAUCUCGCCUCGAGGCCAUCGAGCGUGCAGAACGAGCGCGUCACAAGGAGCUUGAGAACCGCAAAGGUGGCGAGUUUCAACGUGAACUGGGCCACUUUGUCGAGGAAGGCAAGCUGAAGAAGACCGGUGGACACGAAGAAGUGGAACGGCUACGCAAGGUCAGAGAGGAACAGGCUCGACAAGAGGCGAGCCGCAUGAUGGAGCAAAGACGACAACUCAUGGCGGAGAAACAAGCUGCCGAAGCCGCGGCUGCUGAAGAAGCCGCUGCAGGAGAAGCUGCAGCAGGAGAAGCUGCGGCAGGAGAGGCCGCAGCAAGUGGUGAAGGUGAAGCGGCAGCCGAAAGUGAAGAAACCAGCGCUGGUCUCGAGGCGCCCAAAGAAGAAAAAGACGCAGUGUCUGACGGCGAGGGUGCUUUUGUGGACGCCAACGAAGAAGUGGGUACACCAUCCGAAGCCGCAGCAUCAUAGGGAGACAUGGCGGUCGAGAUCGAGUACCACGCUGCGUUCGACAAAGACGAAGACACGCAACAACGCAUUGAUAGCGGGUUUCACGAGUCGUCCUUGACACACCAGAGUGCACAUAUUCAUCACGGGUACGAGAAGCAAACGAUGGCUAGUCUCCUCCGUCGUAAGGAGGUCGAAGCUGAUGCACUUCAUCGUUCGUGAUCCCCCACUUGCUGCCGUCAAGAUGCAGCAGAUCCAGAGGAAGUCGAUAGGUGCGAUGAGAGAAUCAGUCCGAUGCUUGAAUGACAAGCAACGACCACAACAACAUGUGUCCCGGUUUUAAUUGAGCGAGCGGAUGAUGAUUGUCCAAUCUCAGAGCGCACGGCACAAUGGCGGCUGCCCACCUUUGAUGAGUGAGUGAGAGAGAGAGAGAGAGUGUGUGUGUGUGUGUGUGUGUGUGUGAGAGAGAGAGAGAGAGAGAUACAUAUAUAAUUU